CUUGCUCUGAAUUCGCUGCAGGACUUCGCUGCCGCGCUGGAUGUUCGGCAAAACUGAGCGUGUUCUCUCGGCGCGGCCUUUGAAUGCUUCAAAAACAAACAGAGGAUGAACUCGGGAGGAAAUUUUUAGCUGGAGAGGCUGUGGCUGUGUGUGUCUCCAGGGCUGUGAUAAGUAUUGACUGAAGAGCUAACUACAAUGACCCUGGAAACAGAAGGGGAAUUCUUAUAAAUUACAAAGGAAAAUAAAUAACUUCACCCAUGGAGGGAAAGAGACAGCUUGAGAAAAGGGACUUUGGAAAAAGGCUGUCUCUAGACAGCAGUCUUGUGGAAUACAUGGACUCCAAUAAAUACAUUGAGCAUCUCCUAACUCAGCUCGAGGAACAACACAGAAGUCUGUGGAGGGAGAAAUUGGCCGUGGCCCGACUCCAGCGAGAAGUUGUCCAAAGAAGAAGUGAGGGGGCCAUGCAUGAGAAGCUGAUGCAUGAAUUGGAAGAGGAGAGACACUUACGUCUUCAGAGUGAGAAGCGGCUGCAGGAGGUGACGCUGGAGUCCGAGCGCAGCAGAGUUCAGAUGCGUGGCCUGCAGCAGCAGUUCUCCAGGAUGGAAGAAACAGUGCGAAAUCUAUUGCAGAGUCAAGGACCUCCAGAGCAGAAAAAAGAAGAAACUGUUAAUAUAGUGGUAUAUCAGGAGAAACUGUCAGAGGAAGAGAGAAAACACAAGGAUGCUUUGGAAGGUCUCCACAUGGUGGUGGAUGAGGAUUCAAGGAGCGAAAGCAGCAGUGUGGACGAGGGGAAAGAAAACACCAAAUUGCUGUUGGAAAGAUUGAAAGCUCUAGAGGCAGAGAAUUCAGCAUUGGCUCUGGAAAAUGAAAAUCAAAGGGAACAGUAUGAGAGAUGUCUUGAUGAGGUAGCCAAUCAAGUUGUUCAAGCUCUGCUCACUCAAAAGGAUCUAAGGGAGGAAUGUGUAAAGUUGAAAACAAGAGUGUUUGAUUUAGAACAACAGAAUCGAACAUUAAGCAUCCUGUUCCAACAGCGAAUCAGACCAACUUCUGAUCUCCUCCAGAAACUUCAUUCACGCAUCUUAGAUCUUUCAUCCGGAGAUUUGCUCUCAGACAUGGAAAGAAGCCGAAGUCUGACGCAGUCACGAGCUGAUGUUGAGAUGCAUGAAUGCCAACUGAAUGCAAAACCAGGAGCCCCUGCUUUGAAAUGCCCUGGUUUUGGGAUUGUUAUCCCUGGUCAUCCCUGUCCUCGAAACAGCUGCAGCAGCAGCGAGCUGUCUCUCUCGAGCACCUGCAGCGAGAACUCCAGCGGCUCCUCCCACACAUGGCAUGAUGGAAAGAACCUCAGGAAAAGGACAUCAUCACAAAACUGGGAUAAAAGGCUAAGUAUUGACUCUUCGCUCCCAAGUGGCUUCGCUAGUCCUACAGAUGAACUACCUCCAACUCGUAUCAAGGAAAGUCACAUUUUGGAAGGACUAAGAAAGCUCCAGAAGCGAAAAGUGUUACUUGAAUCCCCAUCAGUGAUAACCAAAUGGGGUUAUAAAGAUUGCAUGAACUCAAAUGAAGGAAUAUAUUCUCCAGGAAUUAAGAGUAGCAGCCUCAAGGGGUAUCCGCCCUGCAAACCAACUGACACAAGGAGCCCCAGUAAGGAGCCCCAUGAGACAUUUGUUUAUGACACAGAUUCCCACGAUGAUGCUGAUAAGGACUCUUCCUCCUUAGCCUUGCUCCACACAGUCCCAAACCAGGGCUGCAGGCUUCACAGUCAUCAAUUAACCCACAGUGUUUCUGACAGCCUAUUUGGCUGGGAGCUUAAUAGAAAACACUUUUCAGAAGGCACGUCCUCAGUUUACCCCAGGGAAAGGCCUGAGAAGCAGACAAGUUGUGCCAGCAACUGCCCCUUGGAGAGGAUGCUGUGCCCAAGUGCGCAGGCGCCUCAGGCACUGAGAGAGAGGGAACCACGUGGCCAGGGCCGUGCAGCUCUCAGUCUGCAGCUUUCAGACACGGAUGACAAUGAAGCCUUCGAUGAGUUGCACAUCGGUAGCAGUGAUGAGAAAAGCUAUUCAGACUUGUCGCUGACUGCUGACACUGACAAAUCCAUGGAGAAUCUAGACUUCCUCAUGGGAUUUGGAAAAUCUCAACUGGGGUCUCCUGAUGAGGAGGAAAAACAAGUGCCCAUCCCCUUAGAAAGUAGACCAAAGACAUUUAGCUUCAUUAAGCAACAAAGGGUUGUAAAAAGGACUUCUUCAGAAGAAUGCAUUACCGUCAUAUUUGAUGCGGAAGAUGGCGAGCCCAUUGAAUUCAGCUCUCACCAGACUGGCUUUGUCACUGUUACCAGAAAUGAAAUUUCCAUCAAUCCGGACCCUACUGGACCCAAAGCAGAACACACUGAAAUUUUACCUCAGGGAAUGAUGGCUCAUGGACAGCCAGGAGCUUCAGCAAGAGACUACACUUUCUUGAAGAGACCUGAAGAGGAAACCGAGAAAAACAUUCCAAAAGAGGACAUGGAUAAUGUUACUGCAGAACCCACUGGCUCUUUCAGCACCAGGACAGUCACACAAAAUAUUCAGCGACCAAGACCAGCCAAACCAACGCUCACUGUGUCAUGCCAGAGUAAUUCUAGGUCUUCAGUGUCCAUGGGUAUCUAUCAAAAGCAAAGUCUGACAAAAAUCCCUGCCAGGGGCAAGUCUUCACCUCAGAAAUCAAAAAUAAUAGAGCCUGAACCUUCCAUAAGAGUCCCCUCAUCUGGCCCAGUGUCUCUUGAAAAAUCACCAGCCUUAGCUCCCGGGAAGCUCUCCCGGUUUAAGAAGACUGAGGGUCCAGCACCCCUUUUUGAUUUGCAGCCCGAUUCACACAUUCCAAAACUCCCCAGCCAACUUCUUCACGGCUCCAAAAUGUCCAGCAGAAAGGACUGGGUCCAGUGCUCCAAGAGUCAGAUUCCAGCAUCCCAGUUCCUGCCAAGGCCACUCAAUGAGUCAGGGAACAAUGGAGAACCUCCGAUAAGAGACAAACACUGUGACCCUGGGCCAGACACAGAAGUGAAAUCCCCUCCCCCCCCAUCCCCUCCAGACAGGUCAGGUUCCCUACUCAUCAGGCCCAGUUAUGACUAUUUGCCACCACCCUCAUCUGCCAAGCCUGACACCAAGGUCCCCAAUGAAACAGCAAGGACUAUAUUCAAAUCCCCGCCUCUGAAGGGAUCCUCUGCUCCUAUUAUGUCUUCUAAUCAGAUUCUGACAGAAGUGCCAAGGAAGAAACCUUCCAUGGCCUUCAAAAAGCCUGUCUUCACCCACCCUCUACCCCCCACAGAAACAGUGAUUCAAACCAGAUGUUCUCCUCAUACCCCCACCAGCCCAUUUGCUGUGAUGGCCCCAGGGCCCCCAAAGGUCUCUCCAAAGAGAGGUGUCCCCAGAAACCCACCUCACCAAACGCUUGGGAUCACACAAGCAGACAUAGGGUUACAGACUCUUAAGAACUGUCCUUCUGCCCCUGAGCCACUGGAAAUAUCAUCCCCCAAAAGUGUGUCUCCAGGAAGGAAAGCACAACUGAAUGACUGCAUCCCCACAUCCCCCAAGCCUGUCUUGCUAGGGGCUAAUGAGUCACCACCAUCUCAGGGUAACAGUCACUCAUCAUCACCAUCCUCCAGAAGCCAUAGCACCCCACAUGGUUGUCAAAAUGCUCAUGAGAAAGGGCUGAAAACUCGCCUCCCAGUUGGGCUCAGAGUUCUCAUGAAAUCCCCCCAGUUGCUCAGGAAAAGCUCUACAGUGCCAGGAAAACAUGAAAAAGACAGUCUGAAUGAAGCCUCUAGAAGCUCUGUGGCUGUGAGCAAGGUUAAGCCAGAGGAUGCCAGGAACCCAGUGAGCCCGGAGACCACAGUGGGUGAAAGAACUGUGACUCCACUGUGUGUUCAGGUGCAAGACAGUUUGGCUGAAGAACUUCCUCUUGAAAUGGCAAUGCCAGAGCCAGUGGAUAAUAUCACCCCUGGGGCUGAUGGAAAAGAUGGGGUAGAAUGCAGGGCUGUGAAAAGAUCCCUUUCCUCCAGUAAGCCACACCUCAAACCAGCUCUAGGCAUGAAUGGAGCCAAAGCCCGCAGCCAGAGUUUCAGUACUCAUGCCAGCGACAAGCCCCCUACGCCCCCCACGGAAGGGCCAGGCAAAGUUCGAACUCAGAUUAUUACCAACACUGCUGAGAGGGGCAACUCCCUCACCCGACAGAGCUCCUGCAUGGAAAUCUCGCCCAACAAGACCCCAUCUGCCCCCACGUCUGACAGUCUCCCCAGCGCUGGGAGGCCUCUGGGACAUCUCUCCUCCAGGCAAGGCUCCCUAGGGAGUGCAGGCAGCAGCUCCAGUAGCCAGCAUGGGGGCCCAAGCAAGUUGCCUUUGAGGGUCCCUCCAAAAUCUGAAGGGCUCCUCGCCCCAUGUGGAACGGAAGAUGAGCAGAACCACGCAGAGGAAGGAUCCCCCACGGUGGCGGUCCCCGAGGAACCAAACAGUGGCCAUUACAGAUGCCCACCCACCCCAACAGACUGCCCACGAGCGCUGCAGAAUCCGGGGAGGACAGAGCGUCCACACAGUUUUGAAACAAGCAGGACCUCCAAGCUAGAAACUUCUGGAAGGUGUCCAGAGGCUUCCACAACCAGGACUGGUGCUGUGAGCCCCGAAGCCCCCCUCUCACCCACAAUUGAAGAAAAGGUCAUGUUGUGCAUUCAGGAAAAUGUGGAAAAGGGCCAAGUGCAAACAAAGUCUCCCUCUGUGGAAACGAAGCCAAAGCCAGGGCCUUCCUUAGCCAGCUGGUUUGGUUUUCGGAGGACUCGACUUCCAGCUCUCAGUAGCAGGAAAAUGGAUGUCUCCAAAACCAAAGUGGAAAAAAAGGAUGCAAAAGGUUUGGGAUUUGGAAACAAACAGCUAAAAUCAGAGAGAAAAAAAGAGAAAAAGAAGCCUGAGCUGCAGUGUAAGAUAGAAAAUGAGCCUACCAGGAACACCACGUUGGCAGGAAGUCCAGACGGGAGUUUACCAAGCAAAAGUAACCUGAAAACACCACAAGACAUUUAUGACCAAAUGAAGUUUGAACCAAGAAGUAGAUCCAGCCCUGUCACAUGUUCAACCAAAGAUACGUUUAUGACGGAACUUUUGAACAGAGUUGAUAAGAAAGCCGCUCACCAGACAGAAAGUGGAUCAAAUAAUGUUUCCUGCAGGAGUGUGUUAAAGGGCAGCUCCCAGGGCUCCUGCCUCAUCAGCAGCUCUACGAGCACUCAAGGAAACCACAAGAAAAACAUCAAAACCAAAGCCGAUGUGGAAAUGCCGAAAAGCUCACUGAUAAAAGAUGCUAGUGGAAACCUGCAAGAGGAUGAAGAUACAAUUGCAGAGUCCACAUUUCAGAGCCACAUCAUAGAAUCAAACUGCCUGAUGAGGACACUGGACAGUGGGAUCGGAACCUUCCCCCUCCCAGACUCUGGAAAUCGCUCCACGGGGCGGUACACAUGCCAUCCAGACUCCCCAGAGGACACGGAGACCAUCAUGUCUCUCCAGCCAGCACUUUGUGCAGCUUCUUCUAUCAGAGCUCAGACCCUUGAACGAGAAGUGCCUUCCUCUGCAGACCGCCACGCCUCUGCAGAUACCACCAUGGUUCAUUCCACUUCCGACCCCAUCAUGUCCGCCAGGGGCAUGCGUCCCCUUGAAAGUCGCCUCCCCAAACCAGCCUCCUCAGGAAAAAUCAAUUCCCAAAAGCAGAAUGAAGCAGAGCCAAGGUCUCAGACCUGCUCGUCAUUUGAAUACACCGAAAGCACAAGGGCACCUGAGCAGUUCCCAGACUGGGGGGCUGGAGAUCCCACCGCUGAGACUCAGGACAAGGUACCCAGAAUGUGUGCGUACUCUGCCAGUGGUGGCAGUGAUAGUGACAGUGACCUGCACUAUGGAAAUAAUGGUUUUGGAGCUGGAAGGGGCGAGUUAGUGAAAGCAAUGAAGAGCACCACCCAAGAAAUUGAAACAAGCUGAAGAAACAAAAGAAGAUCCUGAGAAUAGAUUAUCUAAAAUUUCCCUGGAGUCGUUCGAUAAAUAUAACAGCAAAACUAUGAUUUUGUUAGAAAGAGAGAAGAACUCUCUGAACACGGCUGAAGGACAAAAGGAAGAAAAAGAAAAAAAUGAAGAGGCAUCUUUGAGUAGCUCAGAUAGGCCUGGGGUAGACAAUUUGGAAUCUCUGAGUGAUUCUUUAUAUGAUAGCUUCUCUUCCUGUGCAAGUCAGGGUUCAAAUGAUGUAUAAAGGACCUUUUUUGUUUUCCUUAGCUGAAAAUAGAGCACUUAGUAAACAGAGUUGUGUGGAGGGGAACAGAGAUGGGAACAGCCCAUGGCAACAAUGGAGCCUUCCUUUUCUGACAGGGCAAUAGACUCCAUUGUUGUGUUUCACGAAGAUUCCACGUAAACACAUCCACAAUGCAGAAGUCUUAAUUUUGCACUUUUUUUGAAUACUUGUACAGAAGUUGUAAAUUUUUGGAAAAGAAAUUAUAUUUGUAGCAAAAAAAAAAAAAGACAGCAAUAAGUUGAAUCAGUGCCAUGCUCUUGAAAUGAUGUACUAAGUGUUAGAAGUUGAUAAUAUAUUUUUUAAAAAUUCUGGUGAAGGUUUUUGCUGACUUGACUGUCCUAGCCCUCAAAUUGUCUGCGGGUGCACUCUGUAAAGCGAAAACAGGGCCUGCCCCAAACCAGAGGGCCCACUGUCAUCUCCCACUCACAAUCUCGACGUGAUAUAAACUUUAAUUCCAAUGCAAUUUCAAAAUUGUUGCCAGAGAGAUUUCAGGUUCUAGGAGUGAAGUGUAAUUCUGCCUCCACGGAAAAAUGUAACAGGUACUCAAGUGUGACACUGAUGGGAAAGGGUGUGGAUCAGAAGUGACCUAAUUCUAUUUUCAACCACAGGUUUUCCCUCCAAACAUUUCCUUACAACCUUUUCUACUUAGUGCUUCUCUAUGAUUCUCAACAGUAUUUGUUGAUUUCGAUCUUCCUGCUCUUUUUAUUAAAAUCUGGGCAAACUAGAAAUGAAAGCAAAUUCCUAUCUGUCAUGUUCACGUUCUAAAAAAUAAAAUGAAUUGCUGGUGCUACAAAAAAAGUCUUCCUUUUUAAGAUCCUUUUUUCCCCCCUACAAAGUCUGUUUAUAUGUGAGGAUAAAUUCUAUUUUAAAGGUUAUUUGUAUUUUUUCUAGAUGUGAACUAUUUAUAAUUGCUUUUGUACAGGAGUUUGUAAAGUAGGCCUAAUAGAAAUAUUUUUAGGAUCUAUAUGGUUACUUCAGCACACACUUGUAUGUUUAAAGAGUAUUGUAUAAUCAGUGUUAUUUGGUUAAUUUGUGCAAUUUGUUAUAUUGAAUUUUGUUAUCUUAAAUGAAAAUUAUGUAAAGUAACAUUGUCUUUCAGACUUCUAAAAAAUUCUUUUCUUUCAUUUCUGAAUAAAAGUCCUAUCACAGUUGCACCCUC